UACGGAAUGACCGCCGUUUGCCAGGCCGUUCAAGGCCGUUGAAACAAAACGGCGGGCAGCUUCGUAGGAGUUUUUUUCCGUGGUAAAUUAUCAAAGAAUCUUCUUUGUUCUAUGGGCCUCUGCCAACGGACUGUUCUGUAAGAAGUCGUUACUUCCCCGCCAUAAAUGAAGCUAAGUAGCUUUCCACCGUCAUCAGGAGUCGCUGUUCAGCCUAAUGUACGAUGUUUAGUCGGGUUGUAUGGAUCUCUUAAGGAUUCCAGCUUUGAAAACCUCAAUCGACUAGUAGAAGAAGAUCGAGAUGAACAAGAGAUUUUGCGAUAUGCGAUAAGUCACGAAGAGUCUGAUGAAGUUCGAUUUUUAGUUGGAUCUCAGUCUCUGAAGCCACAAGGUAGUCAGGUCACUUUGGUAACACUUGUGGAGUCAUUAGAUAUCGACUUAAAAAAACAGACUUUUGCACAUCCGAAUGGAGAGGUUACUUCAUUGGUUACACUGGCAUCUAAACCAGAUUGCUUUAUAUCACUGUCAGCAUCAUAUUCAAAUGAACGACCAGAACUUCGUAAUAGUGCUCGACUUUGGAGAAUACCUAAUCUUAACGAAAAUUUAUUAGACGAUGCUAUGAUUGAAUCAAAUCUAUCAAAAUCACCAGUAGAUAACAAUAAUUCAUCUACGGCGAAUAAUUCAUUGGAUUAUGUAACUACACUACCAUUAGAUAAAUAUCAUAGCAUCAAAAGGAUUACAUCACAUCCGUCUAGUACGUGCUGUGAUUUAGCCUGUGUUGUCGGACCACCUAUUGAAAUGCCUGGUUCAGCUGCUUAUUCUUCCCUCGUAACCACUGCAACGACAAGCUAUUUAGUCAUACUUAAAGCUUCAUCAAAUUCAAAUUCUAGUGAUUAUCAAAUCAGUACAAGUGUACAGUUAUAUUUACCACCUUCAUCUCCAAGUGAUAGUUUACGUACAAAUAUGAAGUCAUCAACUGGUUGUUUAUCAACUACUGCAUCACCUAACGCUAUUCGUUGGUCUCCACAUGAACAUUCAAAUCAACUUGCGAUAGCUUUUGAUAAUGGUAUACUAGGAUGGGAUGUUCGAUGUAUGAAGCCUAGUUUCUGGAUGGAAAAUGCCCAUUGGCCAUGUGUUAGAGACAUUGAUUACAAUCCUCAUCGUCCUAAUCUGUUAGUAUCCGGUGGAGACGAUGGAAUCAUGAGACUUUGGGAUCUUCGCUAUUUACGCACAAGAUAUCGCUGUCUGUCUACCACUGCCGCUGUUUCAGCAAAAAACACAGCUAUUUCAAAUGCAUCUGAAAGAAUUAUGCAAUACGGCACGGAACCAACUGUUCAGCCUUUGUUCGCAAUCGCAUCUCACUCUCAUUGGAUUUGGUCAGUACGCUAUCACCCUACACGAGACCAACUUGUUCUCUCUUCAGGAAGUGAUGGUCGUGUUUGUCUAUACAACUUACCUAGCUAUUCGUCUGAUGCUCUUCUUACUAGUGACAUGAAUCAACAAUCGACUAAUGGUCAUAGUCAAAUAGAAUUGCAAGAUGAACUUGAUGACCAUUCAUCCUGUUCUCAUGAAGGUGAAAUUGACAGAAACGAAGAUGGUUUGAUCGCUCGUUUGGAACAACAUGAAGAAAGUGUAUAUACAGCUGAAUGGAGUCCAGUAGAUGCAUGGUAUUUUGCAUCGAUCAGUUAUGAUGGCAAUUUUCUUAUAAAUCGUGUUCCAGAUCAAAUCAAAUUAAAUAUUUUAUUACAAUCUAAUGAUUACUAAAUUAUUUGUAUUUGUUUUCUCUGCAUUCUGGUAUUGCUUUUAUCGUUUGUGCAUUUUGUUUUUCUCUUAACAAUACUUCUAUUAAUUCGGCUGUGAUAAUUAUUUAGUCAACUUUUGUACCAGUUUCACUAAUAAAUAUGGAUGUUUAUUGACAAAUAAA